UGUCAUAGCUCGUUAAUCCUUCAAUCCCGGAUAGUCACUACUUACCACAUACGCUAUUUUAGAAUACCCACCACACCAUCAAUCAAUCUCGACUUCAUUAAGCUGAUGAAUGCCCCCAGAAAUACGAGAGGAUCCAAUACCGGAGACACUCCGCCAGCAGAUAACAUGCCAUACUCGAAUUACUUUGACAAUCCAUAUCUCAGCGAUGUCUUCGAUCCAGGUCCCGACUACACAUUGAGCACGUUCUUCGACUCGGACAACUUCUUCAGUCAACCGACCACAUCUAUCGAGGGCGCCUCGAAUAACCAGCCCAAGUCCCAAAGGACAUCAGCCUCAAAGUUACCGGCGACUAUACUGCCAUCUUCGAGCCGUCUACAGCCUUACCCGCAAACUUAUAAUCAGCCACAAUUUGGGCAAUUCGAGCAAUAUAGGGGUGAUUUCUCGAUGCAUCCCACACCACCACAAGCUGGCGAGCACGAUUCUUUCUCGCCGAUAACGACGGCAACAACAUCACAUUCCUCAUCCCAUUCAGGCGACGCAACACACCAAGCCGUCUCCCCGUCGCUAAGUCCCCACACACUAAAACGCGAAUCACCAUCGUCGCCUGCAUCAGCGUCGGAGUCUUCGACACCAAAACGACCAACCAGGAAGCGGGGUCGCCCGAGGAUGAGCCGCAGUAGCACCGACAGCCAACUUGCUGCAACGUCGCCUACUUUAAAAAGCCAGAUAUCAAGGCGCCAGCCGCACAAUCAGGUCGAACGCAAGUACCGUGAAGGGCUCAACUCGGAGCUCGAAAGAUUACGGAGAGCGGUGCCUUUGCUUCGGCAAAAUGACGGAACACGUGCAAUUGGACAACCGAAACCGAGCAAAGCGACAAUUUUAGCCAGUGCAAUUGAUUACAUACAGGCCAUUGAGAAAGAGAGGGAUGCGCUAAGGGCUGAGGUCGAGCAAUUACGGCGAGAUCAAGCGGGCAUUCUGCGAAAUCCAGAUGGGAGAAAUCCGUCUCUGGAUGAAUAUCUCAUGGAUUCAUAGUAUAGCACAAGAGGAGGAAGAACCAAAUCAAAAGAGGGAAAGUGAAGGGUGAUUUUUUUUCUAGCAAAGCCAUGUCACACAAUUGUAAAAAAAAAACCAGAGAACGAAAAGGGGAGCAAAGGAAGUUUUGUUUGUUCCUUCCCACUAGGGUUAAGGGGGAUUGCUUCCUACACACACGCUCAUAUGGGGAGAUUGAGCACAUAUUUGCUGCAUUGUUUUUCCUUUCUCCAUCUUUUUUCUUGGAUUUUCUAGCUAGGCGUCCAGGCCUGCCACCUGGGGAUGUUUUCCUUAAUCUCUAGACUCUUGCGCAAACAUAUAGAACCUACAUAAUGACCGGUCACGACAUCAUAGGCAGAUUUAAUCAAGGAAAGUUUUUCUCGUCUUGUAAAACAUUUCAUGGAUGGUAGGAGGAGGGAAGAAGAAGAAGACUAUGGGAAACGAAGUUUUUGGUUCGCUGCAUGAUUCGUAACAAGGU